AUGGCUGAAACAACAACGACAAACACGUUGGUCGUACCAGUGACAGCUGUGAAAACUCCUAUUGUUCGCUUCGAUGUCGAUCAGCAAUGUCCUAUUCAGUAUGUUACUGUCUACAAUGAUCGUGCAGAAGUGACACGAAUCCUACGACACCAUUUCGAUGUCGAAGGUACAUAUGAUCUCGUGCUCGGUGGUUUUUCAACCUUUGUGGAUGAAAAAUCGUUUCGUGUCAGUGGUGGAACGGGUAAAGCUUGCACCAUUCUUGAAGUCUCAUAUCAAAUACGACAUGAAGAUGUUGCUCCGUCAUCGUAUUUGACGUCUCUUGAUCAUCUUCAAAGUGAACUUGAAAACGUGCAAACUGACAUAGAGACUCAUAAGCGCGAAUUGGUACGACUUAUGAAACAACGAGAAUGGCUCAAUGGACGCUCAGUCAAAUUAAUGAACCAAGAUGGACCUUGCUCGACCAAUGAUAUGGAGAAUAUGCAGCAAUUUCUUGAGUUCUAUCACAAAAUACUAUUGAAACUCGAUGAUGAAACAGUUCACGAAGAAGAGGAAGUCAAGAAAUUGAAUGCUUGUCAAGAAGCUUUGAAAUCUCAAAUCAAUCAACAUGGCGCUGCAGCUCAAGCGUGUCGAAGAAAGACAUGCCAAGAAGUGACGAUCACAGUUCAUAUCGCUAGUGAUAAAAUUGAUGUAGCACUCGAAGUUUCCUAUUUGAUUGGAAAUUGUUCUUGGAGUGCCAGUUACGAUGUUCGUGUCAGUAGUGUCGAAGCAGAUCGACAGCGAACACAGUUAACGUAUUAUGGAAUUAUUGUAAGUAGUCGAAUUUUCAUUGAGUUACAAGUGUUUCAUGGAUCUUGCUCAUCUUUAGGUAAAUAA